AUGGCUGCAUGGGUCGUCUUUUCGCUAUGCGCCGCUUCCCUCUCGCUUGCAUUGACGCAAACUUCCUUUCAAGUCCCUCUUCAACCUGAGCAAAUCCAUCAGAACGACUCCGAUUACCACCAGUUCAAGUGGCCCAUCCGCAAAGUCGCUGUCAUUGGCGCUGGUGUAAGCGGGCUUGUUGCAUACCGCGAACUGGUCGAUGCAGGCCUGGACGUCAAAAUCUUCGAAAGGGACGAAGUGCCAGGCGGUGUAUGGCAUUAUUCAGAUGAAACCCAGGGUCAGCCGCCAAUCCCGAAUGUGGACCCUCAGGUGGCCGACUUUGUGCCCUCGCUGCCACCUCCAAACGCACCCCUGCCGCAUGUGGUCUAUCACAAUGACCGCAAUGACAACACAGGGGUGACUAGCGCCGAACGCUGGAGGGAUCAUCGCGCCCCACAUGGAGUCUGGGCGUCACUGACUUCAAAUGUACCUGCUCCUCUGAUGAAGUUCAACAGGCACGAGUGGCCCCCAGGGAGUCCUUGGAAUAUUCCUCACCUUAACCUCCAGCGUUACCUCCGCUCUGUCUAUUCCUUCUAUGGGAUCAAUGCCAACGAUCGCAGUCCCCACAUCUCGUACAAUACUCGCGUCGAAUUAGUCGAAAAGCGACAUGAUUCUUUCGGGAAUGAACAUGGAUGGAAGUUGACCGUUAAGAAAUUGGAGCGGUUGAGUCCUUCAUCGUGCAAAGAAAAAUGGUGGACCGAGGAUUUCGAUGCCGUGGUGGUUGCAACGGGCACUUUCAACGGACCAAAUAUGCCGAACAUUCCGGGACUCAUUGAAUGGCACCGCAGAUACCCGGAGUCCAUUCUCCACUCCCGCGAAUAUAGGCGCCCUGAAAUGUUUGCCAACCACUCCGUUCUGAUUGUUGGAGCCGGGCCCAGUGCCACAGGCAUUGCUGCAGAUCUCAACCCGCUCGUGAAGCGUAACGUGCUUUCCUGGAGGCAAAGUGAACGAUCAAAUACGCCUGUUGUCUUCCUGAAUCUACUGCCUCAAGGCAUUGAAGUUGUGGUCGGCAUCCACCAAUUCCAUCCAGAGAAUCGCACGAUUGAACUGUCGGAUGGGACAUUUCUUUCUGACAUCGACGAAAUUAUAUUAUCCACUGGAUACCGAUACACAUUCCCCUUUCUACCUCAAUAUCACAACUCUUCCAUCAAAGGCAACGAAGAAGGGCCGCAAGACCAACCACAGCCGAUAGUGACUGACGGCACCCACUUCCGUUCGCUCUGGCGGGACCUAUUCUACAUCGAUGAGCCCACGCUGGCGUUCAUCAACCAGAACCUCAACGUUGUGACUUUUACCUGGGGCGAAAAUUUCGCGAUUGCCUUAGCCAAGGUAUGGACAGGCACUGCGCGGCUUCCAAGUCGCCAGACGAUGUGGAAAGAAUAUCGGGACUGGGUUGCAUCGCAGGGCGGCUAUGGCAAGUGGCUGCUGUUCAUAAAAUGGCAGAAACAAGAAGAAAUCGUGUCGUUCUUUUCGAGCUGGUUGAACACCGCGGCCUACCAAUUCGGCGGCAAACAGGCUACUCCCUCGGAUCCAAACGAGAGGGAGCUCCUGAAUGUCUGGGGUCGCGCAUUCUUUGCAAAUAGCAAUCCAGUCAAGUUACCAUCAACCGAGCGCAAACAACAGUUCGGUGGGCACCAGCAACAAGUAGAUAGUUUAGAAUACGCGCACAGUUUACUGGCGUACUUUACCAGUGGAUACUAG